AUCAUUCCAUCGACCAGCAGUCGUUAGGUGGCAACACUAGGCUUCAAGACUCAUUGUGAAUUGCAUUUUGCAUCAGAAGAUGGAUCGUUGGGUAGGUAAAGUGGCCAUUGUGACCGGUGCUAGCUCGGGUAUCGGUGCCGCUACCGUUAAGGCGUUGGCUAGCGCUGGCAUGAUCACGGUCGGUUUGGCACGACGAGUCGGACGCAUUGAGGAACUAAAAGGUGAACUCCCGGCCGAUGCCGCUGGCCGGUUGCACGCAGUGUCCUGUGACAUUACAAAGGAAGAGGACAUACUGAGCGCCUUCAAGCUCGUCGAAGAACGUUUCGGUGGAGUGGAUGUGUUGAUUAACAACGCAGGAGUUGCGCGACAAGAAGUGGAACUGUUUACGCCGAAUAAUACGCAAGCACUGCGCGAUGUGGUCGACACCAAUCUGAUGGGCUUGAUGCUGUGCAGUCGUGAGGCGUUCCAGUCGAUGAAGAAACGAUCGGUCGAUGGACACAUCGUACAUAUCAAUAGCAUCCUCGGGCACAAGGUGCUCGCGAUGGGAGGGGUCAACGUCUAUCCGGCCACCAAAUUUGGCGUGACGGCCCUCACCGAAACGAUGCGCAACGAGCUACGGCUGGCGGGAACCAAAAUAAAAGUCACGAGCAUUAGCCCCGGUUUGGUGCGUACGGAAAUAAUUCGCGAGUCAAUGAGAACGGCCGACAAUCCUAUGCUAGAGCCGGAAGAUAUAGCCGAUGGCGUACUGUACGUUCUAGGCACUCCGUCGAGGGUUCAAGUCCAUGAGUUGACCAUCAAGCCAGUUGGGGAAAUGAUGUAGCGUUCGUCGUCCCUCGAAUUACCGACAUGAUUCGAAGCAUGUUUUGAUGCAUGCCAUUUCAAUGUAAACAAUUUUGUAACUUCAAUAAACAAACCAGGCGCAUGUUUACAAUAUUUUAAGUACACU